UUACUUCUGAAUAUAAAGCAGGUUGGGUUUCCCCGGUUUUCAGAGGUUGAAGGAUUAUAACAAUUUUGAAAUCCACUCCAUUCAUUUGAUCAAUAAGAUUUUGUUGAUAUUUUAAAUUCAGACUUACAUAUAUUUCACUAAGCUGUGACAACAAAAGUGACUUGUGCUAACGUUGGGAUUUUAGUGAUAGUGUUUUUAUAUUUUAUAAGAUUGAUGCAGUAGCAUUGAUUUCCGUCAAGUAUUUUUAAAUUGUUUUUUUUUCUGUGUUUUAAACCGUAAUUAUAAUUGUAGAUAGUAUGAAAAGGUGAUACAUGAAAUCAUAUGAGUAAUAUCAUAUUAUAGUGAUUGAAGUGAAGUUUUUAAUCGACGAAUAAUCGUCACUUAAUCCCAAAAAUCUUUCGCAUUAAAGAUCGUUUUGUCUUUAAUUCUUUUAUCUUCAACUGCAUUAGCAAGUACCAUGGCAUCAGCACAGAUUCAGUGUGAAAUGUGCCGUAAUGAAAAUGCAGUUGGAUAUUGCAAAACCUGUGGAAACGUCGGAGAAACUUGUAUAGAUGUUCACAAGACAGUAAAUGUGUUUCUAACCCACAUGGUCAGUAUGAAUGAUAAAAAUAAUGAUAACCAAAAGGUUAUUAGACAGGACAUCACCGAAGAGAGAUGUAAGCAGCAUCCGACAGAGAGAACUAUAUUUCUUUGUAAAAUUCAUGAUUCCAUGCUUUGUGGCAGAUGCUUUCAUUCGGAACAUCCUUCUUGCUUUAAAGAGGUCGUUGACUUGCUGCAUGAAGAUAUAAACAUUGAUUGCGAUAAAGUCAACACGAUGAAGUCACUGUUCAAUGAGCUAAAAGCUGAAAUUCUGUUUUUAAAAGAUGAAGCAGAACACAGUCAGGAGAAGUACAAGGAUAAUGCUGAUACAUGCGUGGAAAAGUGUAUGGAAUUAGGAAAUAAAAUAAAACAACGUGUAGAUGAAUUGACAAGAAACUAUAAAGAUGGAAUAAGAGAGAUAUAUGAACAAAAUGUGAACACCUUUUCACAUAUUACUAAGACGUGUGUUGAGAAAACCAAGUGGUGUGCCAAUGAAGAAAGUAAAAUUGAUGAUUAUGUUGACAAUAACAUGGCUGGGCGCUUGUACCUCGUGAGUAGACAUUUUGAGAAAGAGGUUUCGGACGCUAGAUCCCACCUUAAAGAAAUCAAACACAAACACACGUUUAAAGGGAUUGACUUUAAGGAGAACAAAGUAAUUCUAAAAUGUGUGUUUGAGGACUUGGAGGAAGUUUGUGAACAACAAGAGGAAGUUACAGGAAGCGACGAUGGACAAGCCAACGACGUUGUCCCAUUCAUCACUGAAAUUAACAAGACACGGAGAGAGCUCGCUACAUUGUUGAAAAACGCAAGAAACGAAUUAGACGAAUCAGAAAAGACAAGACAGUCACUGCGUGAUGAGCUGAAACAGGUACAACAAGACCUGGAUAAUUCAGAAAAGAAAAGACAGUCACUGCGUGAUGAGCUGAAACAGGUACAACAAGACCUGGAUAAUUCAGAAAAGAAAAGACAGUCACUGCGUGAUGCGGUUCAACAAGUGAAACAAGACCUGUAUAAAUCAGAAACGACAAGACAGUCGCUGCGUGAUGAUGUACAUCAAAAGAAACAAGACCUGGAUAAUUCAGAAAAGGGUAUCAAAAGUUUCCUCUACUCCAACUUACUUAUUCCGAUCAUUUGUAUUAAGACUCAGCGAGAGCUCACUGCAUUGUUGAAAAAGUCAAGAAAUGAAUUAGACGAAUCAGAAAAGGCACGAACGGAUAUCGAGGCGGAGUUGAAAGGAGCCUUACAUCUAGUUGAAACGGAAAGAGCAAUAAUCCAGGAGAGGUUUCCACGCAUUAAAAAACACUUGAACUGGACUCAACCCACUGGAACAGUUGGGUUCAAGACCAGCAUACAAAAAAUGAGGAAUGGCGACAUGCCUAUCAUUGAGUUGGAAUUUACAUUCCCGGAUGGCAUUCAGACGACGCACCAUCCGUCCCCGGGAAAACCGUAUAAAGGCGGCACGUUCACAGAAUGUUUGAGUACCGGCACUGAGGGCCAGCUGCUAUGUAGAAUGUUAAAGGCCGCAUUCAGGAGAGGGGUGAUGUUCAACAUUGGGAAGGAUGAAAAAGUUGUCCUGGAUGGCGUCACAUUGUAUAAUGGUUUAGUGUAUAAACUACCGAUAUUCUCGGCACCGGAUUACGAUAAUCACAUACGGAUAUUGAAAUGGGAGCUGUCAACCAAAGGUAUCACUGAGGCGAAUAUAGAUCAGACUGAGGUGCUGUAUGAGACCUUUACAGUUGACGGUCGGUAACUUGCUUUGGUGUUAUGUAAAUGUAAUAUUCAAUCCAAAUGAUAAUGUCAUAUAUUGAAAACAAUGCAUCCUGGUAUUGUUUAUUGAAUGUUUAUAGCAUGUCAUGCCAAUCUAAAACAUUUCUCCUAAUCAACGACUUUGAUUUUGUGCCUUUUGGUUAAACUGAACUCUUCAUAACGACAUUGGGUUGUUUCAACACAAACCAUGAAUGACUUGGUCCAGUUUACAUAGGACAGUUUUUAUAUCUUGAGAUCAUUAUGAAUAAUAAUUACUUUACUGAAAUGUAAUUCGUUAUGGAAACAUAAUCAUCCGUAUUAUAAAUUAUAUUUUAGAUAUCAAAUAAAUAUAUUGUUUUUACAAUUUGCAUGCAAAUCAUUCUGUUAUAAAGUGUAUUAAAAUCAUAGAUCUAGAUACAUUGAUAAUUUUGUUUCAAAAGUUUUAUCGUUAAAUCGUAUGAUGUUGUAGCUUGGUUUACAUAUAAUUCCGCAGUUUUCUAUUGUGUGCUAUUCAGUGUCAUGAUGGGUAUUGUGCAUAUACUUAUGUUUAAAUUAGGUAAAUGUCGUUCAUUAAAUACGGUUUAUAAAUUCAGGUCCACGCUUUCUAGAAGCUUCGCUGAGUUCUUAAAUAAAAUAUAAGCAGAUUUGUAGACAUGGGCAAAACAGAGGGGAAUGUAGAAUAUAUAUUAUCGUCAAUCUGUUGUCCGUGGUCGACUGUUAUGGAUAUCAUUUUUCUCAAAGAUUUCCUGAUAAAAUAAUUAAGCGUGUUGUAAAGGAUGUUUAAAUGAGAUGUUUUACUCAUACUUGGAACAGAACAUGUUGUUGUUACCGACCUUACAAAUUACUACGUUUCAUGAAAGCUUUAGUUGUCAGUACUACACGCUAAGAGUUAAACUUUUCAAUCCGAAUAUCAAUAGAAGCUAUAUUCUGGUGUAUUUUUCUUGAUAAAGUAGAGCAUGCGUUAACUGUGCGUAUAAUGUUAAUCAUAUUAUAUCAGCGAGUUCAAUGACAUUUUGUUCAUAUAAUAGUUUUAUAAGUUUAAAUCUGAUAUGUCAAUCUUAUGCAUUUUAAUGAAAUGUUAAAUCCACUAUGUGUAAAACAUGAUUUGAUUUUUUCUUAAAUACCUAUCAUUAUAAAUAUGUCGAAAAACUGAUAGCUCAUAUCCGUACAUUUCACUAAAAAACCCGAGCGAUGUUGCUUACUGACAUCAUGACUUUGCGUAUACAUUUUAGAUCAUGUUGAUGUAAAACAUCAAGUCAAAUAGCUUGUGAUUGUUUUUAUUUCAAUUUUAAGUAAAUGUACUUAUGUAUUUUUAUUGGGCCUUACAAAAGACAUCAUGUGAUGUAAUCAACUUUACAAUAUCAUAAAUAAUACGUAUGUAUGUAAUACGUUGUUUUACGUGCCUCUUUUGGCAGGGGGUACCAAAUCAGAUUUUUCCAGUAUGGUUGUAAUUGUGUUGUUUUUGAUUGUUUUGCUCGCUAAUAGUUCGUCUUUGAUACAGCCCUGUAUAAUUCGUAAGCAUUAAAAUGUAAUCAUUGUCUAAGCACCUUGUGCCCGUUUAUUGUCAUGUUUUCAUUUUAAUAUUUAUUGAUGCUCACAAUCAUGAAUAAUAAUACUAUGAUAUUUACCCUUGUAUAAGAUUUGAAUACACACAUUAUCACACACAUGCUUGUAAUGUCAUGUUUACAUAUAUUUCUUAAUGUUAAUGAAUGAUGGGUUAACGUCUUUUUUAUGUUCGGUGAGAGCAAGAUGUUACUUUGUGUUUGUACCAAGUUUUGAAUCCUCGACCAGAAAAAUCUCGAACGUCUUUUGUUAGUUUGCUAAAUUAAGGGUAGUAAUUUUGUGCAGAAGGUCAUGGUUCUAUGCCCGACCGAGUCACCCAGUAGCAUUUAACGUAUUCUGCACCCUUAACUCCAUAUACUUGCGCUAGACAAAUAUGAUAUUAUUGGGAUACAUGUUUGUUUUUGUGUGUGAGGCUCUGUGUGCAUACAAACGCUUUAAAGCAUAGUGAGCUCGUCGUUCACUAACAAUUUUAAUUCCGUUACCCCAACAUAAAUAAUUAAUGUGUUUUUGUUUGUGUGUAAAGCUUUUAAUACAUGAAUGGUCAAACUGUGUUGUAUGUACGUUUUGUGUACAUCAUGUGGUGUAUUUUGGGGCUAUUUGUUUAACCUUUGGGCGUUUUAACCUUAAGACAGUUGUUGCUUAUAUGUUUGACAACCUUGCUUGACCCUACAGUUUUCAUUGUUUUAUUACUAUAUUAUUCAAAGGCAGUUUGUGUUUGGUGCAACCUGCAGUAGUAAUACAAAACAGACAAUGUUGUAGAUUUGUAAGAGUUCAACUGUCUUAAUAGCGAUAUUAGCACGAGCAUAAACAGAGCGAUUUAUUGAACGAUGUGCUUAUCUAUGUUUUGAAAAUGUAAUUAUAACUAAAUGCAAUGCAAUUAUCAACAUGCUUGUCACUUUUAACUACGAAGAGUUAUCUAAGACAUAAUUACUUAUUUACAUUAGGAUGGUUCAAUGUUAAAUUCAUUAUACCCUUUUUUAAGUUGCAUCAUUGUUAAUUUAUAUGAUAGUACAACAAUCAACGAAUUCUUUACACGGUACAUUCUAGUAAAUAAUUUCAAGGUUAAUGUAAAUGAAACUAUUUUAUUCGUACUGCUAUGCACUGUAAUAAGAUAGAAAUCAGUAGAAAACUUAUUUUCAUACACUUAUUACUGACAAGUGAGCUAUUAGCUAUGCUCUGAUAUUGAAUGUCUCACUAGUCAACAUGUGUUUUGUGUGUGACCAUUUAUUUUCUAGAUGCAAGUAUUACAGUAUUGUGUAUGCUACUAGCAUAUUGAUCUUUUACCAUUACUUGCGUCUAUAAAUUACCUUCAAAUAUAUAUAGAAUAAAACAAACAAUCAGGAUUAAGAUAGCAUCGUAGUAGAUGUGAUUUAUAAGUUGCUUCGUCGAUGUCUAUGACCAAUGACAGACUGUCCAUUUAUAUGCCAUGUACUACAUUACAGUAUAUUUUUUGGCAUGUACACUUUUGUUGUUGAAGCCAUAUAUUAAUGGUAUUCAAUGUAUUGUAGCUGUUUUAUAACAUAAUUUCGCAAUGUAGCCAUUGUACUUUGUUUGCAAAAAAAUGAUGUGCCUUGUAUAACACGAUAUCAUGUCUGUAUUGUAAUUUAACAUAAUAAUCGGAGAAUAAAGACGUAUAUAUUAAACACUUAA